GGUUUGUAAUUAUGAUCAAUUAAUUCAAAUUAGUCUAUAAUUUCACUUUUCUACUAUCCGAAUAUAACUUUUACCUCAGGUGAUGUCUUUCAAAUAUAUCAGUACAGUGUUAAAAAAAAACACACCAAAACACCAUAUUAAGAGGUGCAAAGUCUGAACUGAGGUCUACAAAGAGGUCUUACCUACAAAAAGAGAGGAGCGUAUGUUGCCUCCAGGUGGGGCAUUGAUACAUGGCCACCAAAAUUUAGGAAGGCACAAAGAAAAGUAAUGUUACAAACUCUCAAAAUGACAAGACAGAAAGAGAGAAGUAUGUCCUGUAUUGGUCAAGAGAAGCAGGAGGAUGAAGGUGAGCAGCAGACGGUGAGAAGGAGAACGCUGCAGACCGGACAUCGAGACACGCUUGCGGGUCUUUUCGAGGAACUGAAAAACAUGGUGUGUCCAUCCAGUCAAUCAAAUCAUAACUGUAAGGCUUCUUAUAAUAAGAGAAGUCCAGCAAAGUGGAAAAUCCUAGAUCAUGCCAUGGGAUUUCUUCUGGAGAAAGAGGCUUACCUUAGCAAACUCCUUGCACUGAAAGAAGAUUAUGUUGAUGAUGAUGGAGGACCGAAGAGUUUGGAAGACAUGCGAGAGCAGUACAGGAGUCUCUAUUCCAAACAGUCCACAUUGCACAUCAGUAGCCACAGCUGUACAGAUUGUGUUCCUGUUGUAGCUGAGGACCACGAGAGCAGUGAGGUCGUCUCGACUGAUGAAGAAACAGACGCUCAGUCCCAGUCAUCUGAGACAUCUGUCCCUAAUAUCCAAGAAUUUGAGGGCGAGACUAUUGAGCUCCUUUUGCGCAGUGGAGUGCUUUCUCCAGAUCAGACGGGUCUUCCUGUAGUGUCCGAGGCCAUCUCUGGCUUGUGGAGCUCUCUUCCUCCAGAGCGUAGAGAGGAAGCACAGCAACACGCUCUAGACCAGAGAUCUGCCUCCUGGGAAAGCCAAACUGAGAUCAGUGCCUCACAUCUCACCAGCUUAGAUCCAUCUGCGUCUUACACUGUUGAGGAGGAUCUACUACAGGAUGCCUAUGAUGUGGUGCAGAGAGAUAUGGAUGCUGCUUCAGUAAACAGGCCUGCAGUACUGCCGAGCUGUGACUAUGAGAAGCUGAAGCAAAUCUACAAGGACAUCUCAGGCUUCAUCUGGAACCACGUGGCUCAGGAUCAGGAGCUUCCACAGUUAGAAAGAGCUGAGUUUCAGGACCUGUCUCAAGCAUCUGAGUAUGAAGAUCUCCUGAUGUGUUCAGAAAGCUUCGAUGACGAUUUCUAGCUGUUCCUCAAGCCUUCAUAGCGGCCGCUUUCCAGUUGAUUUGACGGUGAACUCUGUUAUGUUACGUUCGAGGUGUUGCAUCAUCAGUAUGUUCAGAUGAAAUGUAUUUAAAAACAAAACAAAACAGUGCAAAACAACAUUGUGUUCAAUCUCGGCUUAUUGUCAUAUAUUUCAUGACGAUGUUUCAGUAAGCUGUGAGAGUUCCAAAGUUCUGUGAGUGUUAAAUGUGCAAAAUGAAGCCAGAUUAGUCAGUAACCACAUCUCUGUUAGUAACUCGUCUGUGAAUAAACCUAGUGAUGUGUUUGCUGAGUGCA